GCUGCGGCCAGUAGCUACGGCUGUGAGUCCGUUGCAUAGCUACUAAUUCUUCCUCCCAGUUCGUGUUUCUAGGCAACUGUCCUCCAAUUGCAUCAUUGACAUGAUCAACAUACAAGAGAGUGAGUUAGAACGUAUACAAUAACCGGAUAUAUAUCUAAAGGAAUGCUGUAGGCUUUAAAAAGUAUAUAGGACAAGAGAAAGAUGCGGUGACGUUGAAGAAAUUCUACGAUUACGCGCCUGAGGCAUUCACAAGUAGUACUCCUGGAGAUGCUGACAUUCGAAACUUUUGGACAAGAAUGUUCAAAAAGCUGGUCGACAAAUUGGAUGUGAAGAACUAUAGCAAGACGGAGCAACCAGACUGGGAGUAUUUGAAAAGCCAGAUCGCUGAAGGUGCUGAGUCCGGAGGGUCAAGCUCAAAGGGUUCCCUCGGUAAGAGGUCUUUUGAAGAACAGCGAACAAAUUCGACAUCGACAUCCGCAGCAGCAUCCGCCUCAAUUAGCAACGGCACUACACCGACGACUUCAACAGACAGUACGAACAAGCGCCGCAAAAAGUUGACUGACUAUCUUGUGGAGAACUCAGCACCUGUUAUAACUUUGCAUGAGGGUAUAGCGAAGUGGGAAGUUGCUGGCGUAACAAUCUCCGAAAAACUGCUAGAUUACCGUCAAGCAACAAUCGUGAAAGCAGAAAGCAAAUGCCUCGAUACGUAUCAAGAGGAACUUUCGAUCAACAGUAUUUUUCUAUUCGAUGCCAUUCACAGCGUAUAUCCUAGCUCAUGCUUAGAAUACGGCUUCAAAUCUGCCACGUGGGAAGCCAUAACUGAAGAAUGCCACGAACUGUACCCUCUCGAACAAUUGUCGGAUUCAAUUGAAGCUACAAUCAGCAAAUUUGCAAAGGCUGCAAAAAGAAAAUAUGCGCAGUGUACCGAGAUCAUCGAUAGCAUUCCUCACGGCGGAGGCGAUGAUACAAGAUGUAUCAAGGAGUCGCUGCGAAACAUUGUUUCAGUGUACUCCCCAAGAUCUUCAAAGAAAACGGAUAAAGCCGAAAGCACGUUUUCUAUCUCUGCGGUAUACCCAUUGGUGCUGUCAUUCCUUGAAGAAACUGAUAUGACAACAAGAGUAGGCACCGACGGCAGGGCACAUCGCGAAAAAACAGAAAGCUCUGGAAAAGGGGGUUACCAGUUUUCGGACCUGUCGGUAAAUUUCGAAUAUGGCUUAAUGCCAAAGCAAGGUUUGUUGAUCGUUGAGAUCAAACCACCGCACAAAGUCCGCACUGGCAGCAGACCCGACUUAGUCAAACUUGCCAAUGAGAUGAAAGACUCAUUGGACAAGAUGGUACAAGACGGCGUCGACAAUCCUAAAAUCACGAUUUUAGGGUUACUAGUAGAAGGCUUUCGAUGUACACUAUUUGUCAUGGAUCUCAAGUACCAAGCAGUGUACCGUUUGAUCCCACUUGCAGUUUUUUACAUCCCCCGCGAUUUGCACGAUUUUGACGUUCUCUCCAGCAGCUUCGAAGCAUUGGUAACCAUGCGGCAAAUGGUCUCGGCUAAUGCCAAUCUGUGCUUUGACUUUCACAGAAACAAAAAGCGAGAGAUCAUCCGCGGAAAACAUAUAAUCCAAUCUUGCCGCCCGAAAAAUGGUGAAAAAUAAGAAAGGUCGAUCCGUCCUAGGAUCAUGGCCCGGCAGAUAAUACAUAGCACACUUCACAUAUAUCCUAUCACAGACUCAAUAUUUCAUUUCUACAUUGCCGAAAAUAUAUCAUAUCUAUCUACUACCAC